UUUGAAUUUGGAACAAAGCGUCAUAAUCUAAUGUAAACAAAUGACUCCAAUGUUGACUGCUGUGUCGGAGAUACUGAUAGUGCUGAAAACUGUCGUACGCUUGCUGGAAGUGGUAAAGAAGGUGAAGUGGUGGCGUAGACUAUUGCUUCUAUCGAGACUAUUUCUUUAAACAAAUAGUUUACGGUGCGCUCUUUUAAUUCUUUUGAUAAUGUGUAAAAAUUUGGAACAAAGGAUCAUGAUCUAAUGUACACAAAUGACCCCAAUGUUGACUGCUGUGUCGGAGAUAGUGAUAGUGCUGAAAACUGAUGCACUAGACGUCGUACGUUUGCUGGAAGCUUGGUGGCGUGGACUAUUGCUUCUAGCGAGACUGUUCCUUUGCUGCUGUCGUCUUCUCAACCAAGUAGUUUAUGAGCUGAAGGUGCCUGAGGCGGUCAUGAUGGCGCCCAGCGUGUUCCAGAGAAACAAGUCGCCGCGCUCCUCCCCCGGAAACAUGCCUAGGAAACUACAGAAUGGCACAGAAGCGAGCCAGUCGACACCGACCGCCGACUCAAGUCCUGGGAACUCCAUCUCUGACGCCGAGAACUUCGAGUGUUACGGCGAAGCUGACGGCGACGCGCCUGGCUCUAAUGCGCUAGAAAACGGAUCCAGAAGUCCUGGAAAUCAACUAAACAGACACUCGUGGACGAGAACUAGUCUUAGGCGAACGCCUCCGAGCCAUCAAGAAAAUCUGCCGUAUCGGCGAUGGGGUUCUAUGCGACACUCUGGGAAGCGACAAAUCGGCUCCAAUGUCUUAGCUAGCCAAUUGUACCGGUCGUCGUCCUUCAACUCGUCCGGGUGCGGGUCGGGUGGGGAGCCGGCUGACGACAUGUACUCUGACGUCUCGCUAGAGGAGGAUGUACAAGGCCUCAAUUAUAAGGUCCAGCUGUUGCAGCAGCAAGUGACGUCACUGGCGGACACGCAGAGCACGGCGGACGAGCGGUACGCCCGCGCCAAGGCCGACAACGCGGUGUUACAGGCGCGCGUACAUAUGCUGGACGAGCAGAUCAGAGAGAUCGAGUGCCGAUGCGAGGAGCGCAUAGCGGAAGAGCAGAAGCGAUGUCGAGAGGCCAUCGCGCGCGUGGAGCGCGACCGGGACGCGCAGCUGGCCGCGCUCACCGACCGGCUCGGGGCCGCCGAGGCUGAGGCGUCGCACCUCAAGCAGGAGGUUGGCCGGCUACGAGGCGUAGCAGAGACGUUGCGCGCAAACGCCGACAUCGGCACCCGCAGCGCCCGCGAGGCGCAGGAAGCAGCGGGCGAGCUCGCAGCGCAGCUGAGCGCCGCUCGGGAAGCGGAACGCCGCGAGCGGGAAGCGGCCGACAGCGUCCGAGCGCAGCUCGCUUCCGCUCAGCUGGAGCUGCGGACGCUCCGAGCCGCGCCGCCGCCGCCGCCCGACCCGCGCCUCGACGAGCUGAGACAAGAGCUGACGUUGCUCCGUACGCAGAACAAAUCUCUAACAGAAGCUCAAGAGGAGCUUCAAGCUCAAAUCCUAACCCGCGGCGUAGAAGAAGGACGCAGCUUGCUCGACGGAGUAAGCGGACCGCUGGUGGCCACUAACUCCCUAGCGCACGAACUCUCGCAAAUGAGCGAUCACGAGCUCGAUGGUAGCACACACACAGAUCACAGCAUAGAGUUGGAAAAGUUACAAAAGGCUCUAAAAGAACAACAGGACGUGAACGUUCAAUUGCGGGACUACAUCGACGGCAUACUCCUGUCCAUCGUCGAGAACUACCCACAACUGCUCGAAGUCAAACAUCAGAAACCAAACUUGAAGUCAUAACACUUGUAAAAAAUAUAGAACAAAUUAUGUUAAUUUUAUAAGCUAUGGCCCAUUAGUUCAUGUGUCUUAAUAUUCAUACACCAAUUUUAUAAUGUCGUACAUUUUUUUUAAUUUAACGACAAAAGAAUAUGAAAAUCACUGAAUUCUUUUGACACUUAAUGGUUUUCAUAGAAAAUAUUCUACGAAGUAUAUUUUGUACCACUCAAUGAAGUUGCAAUGUAAAACGUACUAAUGCAAAACAGGUUCAGUGUAAGAUGGUAACAACCCAUACCCCCAACUGGGACUACCUCGUGGCUUCGUACCGAUACGAUAAAUCUCUUGACGAAACGGAAAUAAGCCGUGCCAAAUAUAAAGAGUUCCAUUUAAAACAAAUACAAAAUUGCACAUAUGAAGCAUUAAGUUCCUGGACCUAAAAAAUGGCCUAAUGUAACCCAGGCCUAAUGUUGAUACAAAUGAAAAAAAUAAUAGAAGACGUUCAAAAUUUUUAUAAUAUUCCAUUAUAUUUUCUUGUAUAUUUUGUUAUCAUUUUUAUUUCAAAUCGGAUAUUAACACUGUGAUAAAAGUAGUUAAAAUAAAAAAAUAUAUUAUAUGUAAUGUAUAUUUCGGUAAUUUCAAAUUCGUUGUGUAGUAAUUUAAUAAAUUCUAAUUAAUUAAAAUUACAGAAAAAAAUACAUAGGUAUAUACCUACAACUAGGUUAAAAUCAACAACUACCCACAACGAUGUUUAUAAAUGCAAAUAUUAUCUACAAUUCUAAUAAAUUCUAUAAUCUACAAAAUAAUGUUAUUGAUAUUAAUUAAUUAUGAAAUGUAUACGUUAAUAAUGUUUUAUUUAAUAUAAUAUGCAUUUGGGCAUAAAAGGACAUUUCUAUUAUUAUUAUUAUUCAAUUUUGUUGGCUUUAAUUUUACAUUUUAAUUUAUAUACCUACUGUUAUACUUAAACUGUGACACAAAACGUUGUUUAUCUACAGAAAUAUCAAGUUGUGGAUAAGUUACACACGAUCUGCAAGAAGCACAUUGCAACAUAGCAAAACACUGCACUUAGCUAUAAAUUAUUUCACUCUUUUAUUUAGAUGUAUGCCGUCCUAUUUUGUCUAUAUGCGGGUUGUUGUACUGUUUAUAAAUAUUAGAUAACGUAUCCGUAGUAAUAAAUAUAUCAUAGCAUCGAUCUCUUACUAAGAAGUGGAUGCACAAUCAGCGACCAAAAAAGGUCCCCACUCAAUGAGUGUUAAACACAACUUCUUGGCACUCAAUUCAAGUAGUCGCAUUUGCAAAUUCAACUUUAAACUCAAUCCUUAAGGUUGAAUUUGCUCCGAAUGUGGGAUUUUAUUGAAUAUUGGACUAUAUUUAAAGGCUUUUAGGUAUAAUUUUCUUUACCAAUAAUUCUAAAACUGUGAAAACAAAAUUGGCCAGUUUUUAAAUGAAAUUGUUUACAUGAUUGUGCGUCCUUUUAUUAUAAGAGGUCAAUGCACUUAGGAACAAAAUUGAAAGAAAGCUAACAAAAUUGACUUUUUUUAUAUAUCAUAUUAAAAUGUAAUACAAUUAAUUUUUAAAAAUAUAAACGAGAUUUCUUUGCUAAUAAAGGAAUUCUUUAAUAUUAAAUGUAAAUAAUGUAUAGUAUAAACAAAGUGUCGUUCCUUGAUUUGAAGAUUAUUCUAUAAUCCAGUUGAUAUUUGAAGUGUUAAUUUUGUAAUAUAAUUUUAGACCAUAGAGUAGGUUUUAGAUCUGGGUGUAGUUAUAGACCAUCGAUGUAUAGAUAGACCAAUAUAUAAUAUUAAUUCUUAUAUAUAAAUCACUCGUUAUAAUAGAAAGUCGUAAUCUAAAGUUUUGAAAUGUUAGUAGGCUUUUAAAAAAACACUUUCACACAAAUUAUUUAUCAUCGUAUACAUAGUUUUUAUAAUUUAAAUAUAUAUAAAAAAUAAAUAUUAACGCCUAUUACAAUAUUUUUGCGGAAGUGCUAAAUAUUAUAUUAUGUAUGUAUUAGAUAUAUAUACAUCGAUGUUAUAGUAUACAAGGCCAGGCCGUCCAUGUAUUACCUAAAAACAUUUUUUUUUACUUAAAGACUGGAUGUAGGUAGUAGAAAAAUCGGUGCAAUAAGCAAUCCGAAACGUAAUAAAUAUAUAUUUUAAUGAAUAUUAUUAUAAUUUAUGAAUUUUAUGAUAAAGCCAUUAAGCGUAUGUACUUCUAAAUUAAAUGUUUAGUAGCAUACGUAGUACCUAUUAUAGAUAAAAAAUGGAAUUUAUGUAUAAGUGGAUACUAUUUUUACAUUGAAAUAUUGUUAGUAAUAUUACUUAAAGUUAAGAGUUUGUGUACAUUUUGAUAACACGAUUAAUUUGAAAAAAAAUACCUAAUAAUAAAAAUGUUAUAUAAUCGUCGAAGUAAAUUAAAUGAAACAGUUCUAAUAUA